GUAAAUCAGUCGCAAUGAAAAGCUAUCUGCUGCUGGGCAUAUUAUUACUAUAUUAUCUGUGCAUUGAUGGACGGAGUGCUGAGAUCAAAGAGGAAAGCGACAAUCCGAGCACAAAUAUACUUAGCACAACGCUUUCGAAAAUUUCUCUGCAGAACAUAACCCGUCUCAAUAGAUCAAGUUUGGGUGGACGCGUACAAACUGAUCACUUGGGAAGAAAUCGGAUUUACCAUCGGAGAAGAGUUCAAACUAGACGUCGAAGAACGAACAAAAAUAAGCCCAAACAUAAACAUUCUCUAUAGGAAGUAGCUUAAAUAAAGAUACUUUCAUGAUCCAAACUGUACUAGUAGCUACAAGUAGUUUUUAGUUAAACUUCUACACAAAAUGUAGACCCAUAUCCCCAGAAAUAUGCAAUUGCGAAUUGCCUGGGACGCGACUGUACCCAACUGUGAACAACAGUGCAGUCAUCCCACGCACGUGGCCACCAAAUGAAGAGUAAAUAAAAUCCCAGUCCUGACUCCCAGGAUCCUUC